AUGUCAGCUCCGCAAAUCCCCAACCUUAACACUCUUCGACGGGGAGCCAGGAGAGGGCGUUUUAGGGGACGUGGGACCCACGAAGCGUCCGCUGGACACUCCGACGGCACGGCAGCAAAGGAUAGGAUCGUUCAGCAGACUGACAACGAUGCCAGUUUGUCAAGGCUCAGCGCGGUCGAGCUAGGGUAUCUCCAUGACGCGUUUGCUCUGGCUUUUACAAACGGCGGAGGAACGGGUUCGAAGAGGUAUCCGAUAAUUAACAGAGGAACCUACGUACGGACUAUUGCCAUUGAUUCCCUAGUUAAUAGCUUUUUAGACACAAAGGGGAAACGCAAUGGAAAGAGGCAAAUAAUAUCACUCGGCGCAGGCUCAGAUACGCGAGUAUUUCGCCUUCUCUCUCAAAACCGCUCGCUAGACCUCAUAUACCAUGAGCUAGACUUCCCAGCCAACACCACAGCCAAAAUAAAAACUAUCCGCUCUUCUCCACUCCUGCACAAUGCUCUUCAGAUAUACGGGCCAGAGGAUGUGAACAUAUCUGCUGAUGGCGACGCUUUGCAUUCGAAAUACCUUCACAUCCAUCCCAUCGACCUUCGGACUCUAUCCGCGUCCACCUCACCAACGGUACUGCAAGGCGUGGACAGAACACGCGCGACACUUCUCAUAUCAGAGUGCUGUUUGAUCUAUCUUUCACCCACCGACGCAGAUAAUGUCCUCUCGUAUUUUACUCAGACUCUCUUUCCGCCUCCCGCCUCCUCCUCUACCACUCUGUCCAAGUCCACACCAACUCCCGCAUCCACAUCCACAUCUACACUUUCGCCUGCACCCCUAAGCCUCAUCCUUUAUGAGCCAAUUCGACCCGAUGAUCCCUUUGGGAGGACCAUGGUCUCUAAUCUCGCGACGCGAGGUAUCCGUUUGCAAACACUGCAUCGCUACGCGUCUCUGUCAGCUGAACGUGACAGAUUGCGCGACCAUGGAUUUGUUAGUGGUCAGGGAGCAGCGGAUGUGGAUUUCAUAUGGGAGCGAUGGAUCGGGCAGGAUGAGAAAGAGAGGGUAGCUGGAUUGGAGAUGCUGGACGAGAUUGAAGAGUGGAAGUUGCUAGCGAGUCAUUAUUGUGUGGCAUGGGGUUGGAGAGACCAAGGCGAAGAUGGCCGGGAGGGGGAAAGGGUGUUUGAGGGAUGGAAGAGUUUGGAGGCACAGUAG